AUGAAUGGAAAUUGGCCAGAGCGAACUUUGCAAAGCCUGGCAGCCAAGAUUCUGGGUUCCGAGGGCUUGAAGAUGCCGCCAGAUGUGAAGUGCUCCGCGGGAGCCGAGGCCAUCAGGCUCUGGAAUUGUCGUUCCGACGAAAUCAAACUGAAGAGAAUGUUCUUUAUGAGUGCUUUGGCAUGGUUUUCGGCUCACGAGCUUCUGGAAUACACACUUUAUCUACGACGAGCCCCAGCCUGUGCAGCGGCACUCAUUGCUCCGGGUGAUGGAAACGAGAGCGACAUUCAACGAGUGUUGUCUUCCAUGAAGAACGAGUGGGAGACAGUGCUUUUCAUGGAAAGCGGUGCACGCACACAUGCUUUGCUGAAAUCGCGAUGCCGGUUUACGGACUUUCAGAACUUUCGCGAGAUACACACCAUGUUGCAGCAGUGCCAGUACAAACUGACGCCCAAGGCAGCUCUCAAAAAAGCGAACCGCUCUGAGGGAGCAUCUAUGCAGGCGAUGAUGAGUGUCGCAGUGAGCAAGAAUUUCAACAUGGAUGAGAUUGUCAAGCCGAUGAACAGCACGAGUGCUUUUCACCACAACCAUGAUCAGCUCAACACCUUGAGCGCUUUCAUGGAAAUGAAGCGGCUGUCUUUGGAUAUCCUGGAUGCAAGCACGCAUUUGUGGGCAGCCCAAUGCCUGGGAAGUGGUGAGCUCCUGAAGAUCAAUGGUGAGUUCUUCGUGACCACGGGACGGUGGAUCCUUUGCAACAUGAUCAAAGCAGCAAUGCAUUGUGCAUUGAUGUCUCCAAGCGCCCGGGCUUGCAACCAGGCAAAGUUCAUGUUGUACACGUUGCACCUCGCUCCGGAUUCCUUGGCGAGCAAGAUCGGCUGUGGACUCCUCUUGAGAAGAGGAGUGAGCGAGUUCACUUUGCUCCCCUACCUGGUGGAGACGAAAAAGAUUCUUCGACUUCCAUCGGCCUCCCUGUCAGACCUCCUUUUGUCUCAGAAUGUGAGGAUGCCCAAGAACACAACUGUUGCUUGUAAGAUUCGCAGGCUUUUGGCUGAGGAUGCAGUAAAGCAGAGCUGCAGCGAGAAGACGGUUCAGGAGAUCAUCCAAUUUCUCGAAUCUCGCGAGGAGAAAAGAAAGAAUCACAAGGAGAAAGAUGAAGAGAAAGACGAGAGCGAGGAGUCAUGUUUCUGA